AUGUCGAGCACCGAUGAGGAUCAGAUGAUCAUCAAGCCCGAGGCUGCCACUCCCGCCGUCGACACGAGCAAGUGGCCGCUGCUGCUGAAGAACUGGGACCAGCUGCAGGUCCGCACCGGUCACUUCACACCCAUUCCCGCCGGCUGCACACCUCUCCGCCGCGACCUCAAAUCAUACGUCUCCUCCGGUGUCAUCAACCUCGAUAAGCCCUCCAAUCCAUCCUCGCACGAAGUCGUCGCAUGGCUGAAGCGCAUCCUGCGUGUUGACCGCACUGGUCACUCCGGCACGCUCGAUCCCAAGGUGACAGGAUGUCUGAUUGUGUGCAUCGAUCGCGCAACCAGACUUGUCAAGAGUCAGCAAGGCGCAGGAAAGGAGUACGUGUGCGUGCUGAGACUGCACAGCAAGCUCCCCGGUGGCGAGGCACAGCUGGCGCGCGCUCUUGAGACUCUCACUGGCGCGCUCUUCCAGCGUCCUCCACUCAUCUCCGCCGUCAAGCGCCAACUUCGUGUCCGAACCAUCUACGAGAGCAACCUCCUCGAGUUCGACAAUGACCGACAGUUGGCCGUCUUCUGGGUUUCUUGCGAGGCUGGUACAUAUAUCCGUACCCUUUGCGUGCAUCUCGGUCUUCUCCUUGGCGUUGGUGGUCACAUGCAAGAGCUGCGUCGUGUGCGAUCAGGAGCCAUGAAGGAGGACGACACAAUGGUCACUCUCCAUGACUGCCUGGACGCCCAAUGGCUCUACGACAACCAGCGCGACGAGUCCUACCUCCGCACCGUCAUUAAGCCACUCGAGACUCUUCUUACCGGCUACAAGAGAAUCGUGGUCAAGGACAGUGCUGUCAACGCCGUCUGCUACGGUGCCAAGCUCAUGAUUCCUGGUCUGCUUAGAUACGAGUCCGGCAUCGAGGUGCACGAGGAGGUGGUUCUGAUCACCACCAAGGGUGAGGCCAUCGCCAUCGCAAUCGCGCAGAUGAGCACAGUCGAGCUCUCCUCAUGCGACCACGGCAUUGUCGCCAAGGUCAAGCGUUGUAUCAUGGAGCGCGACCUUUACCCAAGAAGAUGGGGCAUGGGUCCAGUCGCAACCGAGAAGAAGAAGAUGAAGGAGUCCGGCAAGCUCGACAAAUACGGCCGCACCAACGAGGCCACCCCAGCACAAUGGAGGCAAGAGUACAAAGACUUCAACGACCCCGAAGGCGUCAACGGCACCACACCCGCAAAAGCCGAGCAACAAGCCAUCGAGGGCGCUCCUGUCAAGGAGGGCAUCCCCGGCAAAGGCAAGGAGAUGCCAUCCAAGGAAGACGUCGAGAUGGCGGAGCCCCAUGACCCCGCGACCGGCGAGACCAACGGCGAGAAGAAGGAGAAGAAAGAAAAGAAGCGCAAGCACGAGGGCGAGACCGCGGAAGAGAAGGCCGAGCGCAAGGCCAAGAAGAAGGCCAAGAAGGAGAAGAAGGCGAAGCGCGAGUCGAUGGUUACUAACGAUAGCGACGAUAGUGAUUAG